AUGGGUCGAAAAGUUUAUGUCAUUGGCGUCGGAAUGACGAAGUUUGAGAAACCGGGGAAACAUGAUGCCUCCUAUGUCGAUUUGGUCCGUGAGUCCGUGACAGAUGCUUUGUCUGACGCAAAAGUGUCCUACGACGACAUCAAACAUGCCUUCGUUGGAUAUGUCGGAUAUAGCAUGAGCAAAGCCGCAGCUAAUGCGGUGUUUUCGAAAACUGGGAAAACCCCGUCGGAUGUUCAAGUCGUCGAAUUGCACGAUUGCUUUUCUGCGAACGAGCUCAUCACGUACGAAGCAUUGGGACUGUGUCCGGAAGGCGGCGCCGGCGCCUUUAUUGACCGCGGUGACAACACGUACGGGGGAAAAUUUGUGGUGAAUCCAAGUGGUGGACUCAUUUCUAAAGGUCAUCCCCUUGGAGCCACU